AUGGAGAAAAUCAAAGCGGUAUUUAACACUACAGAGAAGCAGCCAAGCUCUGCCUACAACCCGAAGGGCGAUAAUUUGCGACCGCACCUAGAGACGGAACACUCUGGGCCAUCUUCUGAGGUCCCACCGCGUGACUCUUUCCCCGAUGGAGUUGAAGUAUUGUACAGCUAUCCCGACGCUACAAUUGAUAUCUGCUUUAUCCAUGGUUUGACCGGCAAUCGAAACAGCACCUGGACCGCCCAAGGGCAAUUCACGCCGUGGCCAAAGACGCUUCUUCCGCCUAAGCUCCCCAGAGCUCGCAUCCUCACUUACGGCUACGACGCGUACAUCUUGCAAAAAUCAGGUGCAUCCUCAAAUCGUCUAAUCGAUCAUGCCAUGAACCUUCUAAAUGACUUGACCGUGGAGAGAGCCUCUUGCGAUGCCUCAUCUCGCCCCCUCAUUUUCGUCACUCACAGCCUUGGCGGCCUCGUUUGUAAGGAGGCCAUUCUCCUCUCGCGGAAUAAUCCCGAAUCUCAUCUUCGUGGCAUAUUCGAUUGCACUAAGGGCAUCGUAUUCAUGGGCACGCCUCACAAGGGGUCCUGGAUGGCCGACUGGGCCAAGAUACCGGCUCCGGCUCUUGGUCUCGUGAAGUCCACCAACAAGUCGCUGUUGAAGAUCUUGGAAACAGAUGGCCAGCUCCUUGAGUCCACUCAAGUCAGGUUUUGGUCAAUGAUACGGGAACUACGAGAAGCCGGCAGGCGUCUUGAGGUCACUUGCUUCUUUGAAGAACUGCCUCUGCCUUUGGUUGGGAAAGUUGUGACCAAGGAAUCAGCCACCCUAGAGGGUUACGGUUCUUUCAGCAUCCACGCCAACCAUAGAGAUAUGGUCAAGUUUAGCUCCGCAGAAAACAAUGGAUUCAAGAGGCUGCUUGGCGAGCUGAUCAGAUGGGAGUCACAUAUCAGGGAUUCAGCCGCCAGUCAACCAACACAAUCGAUGGGAGAAGCACAGGUUGACAAGUCAGCCAGCUCAUCCUUUACCAACUAUGGCCCUGGGCUCCAACUCAACGCUCCCGGUGGUACUCAGAAUAACAAUACGGGAAGUGGCAACCAAUUCCUUGGGGAUUUCAGUGGGCCUGUGCAUUUUAGCUAG